AUGGACAACUUGAGGGACCUCGUCGCCAACGUCGAGUUUCUUGAGAGAAAGCAUGUCGACCUACAGAUGAGGGUGGCCUAGAUAUUCGGCACCGUCAAGAUGUACUCAACAUGCUUCAAAAGAAAUUCGUUUGGAGGAUGAGGACCACACCAUCGGUGCUAGGCUCUUUUGUGUCAACCAAAUAUGGUGAGUGGGCUCGACAGCAGGCUGACAUCAAAGGAGUCAAACGAUGGGCAGACUGGCAGCGACAUUGGUUAGAGAUGGUGCCCCUUAUUCGUUGGCGAGUAGGGCGAGGCGUGAUCAGUGCCUGGUACGACACUUGACUAGAGGACACACCAUUGGCCAGUUUUACCACUUUCACAUCCUCUUGGCCUCGCUUAACGGUAGCCCAACUUCUCCAAGGAGACACUCGUCUACUUAUUGAGAGGCAUGGACUACCGUCGGACUUGUUACCAGCCAUCACCAUGACUAAGACGAGUUUUACUGAGGACCAACCCAUCUGGACACUUACCGUAGAUGGCAGUUUCUCUUGUAGCUCCUCUUGAGAGUACUUUAGAAACCGCUCCCCAAAGACAUUUUGGGGAAAUCUCAUAUGGCAUCCGGCUAUCACACCUCCUGUUUCGUUCUUCCUGUGGAAGUUCAUGCACCGAGGACUACCCACCGACGAUCGAGUGAUUCUCACCGAUCAAGAGGUGGAAAGGAGAUGUCAUUGUUGUUCCAUCACGACAGACGAAAGUAUGGAACAUCUAUUUUUCCAUAGUGGUAUCGCUGUCGAGUGUUGGCGUCAACUUCUAGCGAAUUGGCUUCUAAUGCUCUCGUACAGACCUACGAGACCACCACUAGAGGUCUUUAGGAGAGUCUUUGACUCACCAACGAGUGUCAAGGUUAGUCCUUUCAUCCGUAUCUCCAUAGCAUAUAUGUUAUGGGAAAUAUGGAAGGGACGUAACUCAUCUCGAUUUACAGGCCAAGUGAUGCGUGCCACAGAGAUUAUGAGGCACGUAACACAAUGGCUUCGGAGUACUCAUUCCUUAGUGCCAAACAAAACGAAACGCUCGUGUUCUGUUUGUGAGGCUUUUGGGCUUUGGGGACUCCAUAUCAUACCUACACAGACUUGGACUACUAUUUGAUCUGUUAGAUGGACACCACCAAGGGUUGGACAGUGGAAACUCAAUGUCGAUGAAGCAUCUCAAGGCAACCCUGGACCAUCUGGAGGAGGAGGUAUUUUACAUGAUAGUACAGGAUGCAUUCUCUUUGCCUUUUCAAACUUUUAUAAUAUACGAACUAAUACUGAGGCAGAGGCUAUGGCAAUACGGGAUGGUUUGCUUCUUUGUGAGGAGUAAAAUAUUACUAAUAUUGUCUUAGAAUCUGACUCAAAAGUGUUAGUGGACAUGUUACGUGCAGACUCUUGUCCUCAUUGGAGACUCAAGAAUAUUUGGGCAGACAUCAUGCGAUGUCGAAGACGCAUCACAACCAUUACGCAUCAGUUCCGAGAAGGGAAUCAGACAGCCAAUGCCCUUGCUACGUAUGGAGUCAGAUCGCGUCGGAGGACAGUCUUCUCUUUUUGACAGGACAUGCCCCUCGAAGCUCGAGGUGCUCAUAGACUUGAGCGACUCGGCAUACCCUCUUUACGCAUACACCGCACUCCACUACCGGCCCCUCCACGGCAGUGGCGUAUUGCUUGGAGGAGAUCAAGGGUGAUUACUAUUGGCCGUGGCAGUGGCUGCUGAAGACCACAAUGGAGAUAUAGUUACGUGUUUCCUUUGUUUCUGUUUUCAGGUCUAUCACAAGCCACAACCAUGACAUCAUCAUGGCGCUCAUCCCAUACCACCGAUGUGAAAUGCACUUUGCCUAUCAACACAAGACGGACAACAAGGCACAUCGUAAUCCACUCGGGUACGCUACUUCCAAUCAUUACUCUCUUCAUAAUCACCUCACAUCUAUUAUCUAUCACCCCCAAGUAGUGAAGACAUAG